AUUGCGUAUUUGUCAUCAUCUAAAAAAAAUUGCGUAUUUGUACGCGUACAUGCACGUUUCCAUCCACAAUUUCACAUCCAUACGCGGGUGACAUAUAUUAUGCAGCUCUCGUGGGCAUAGCUCGCCAGCCAAGAACGAGCUGAAGCUCUCGUGCGCGGCGCGGCCAUGAAGGCGUCGUCGUCGUCGCAGGGGCAGAGCCCGAGGACGCCGUCGCCGCGCGCCACCUCCGCCACCGCCGAGCACACGCGGUCCUCCUCGGAGCCGUGGCUCGUGGCGGCGGCGGUGGCGAGCACCUGCGACGACUCGUGCGUCAACGACGUCGAGAACUUCGCGCGCACCGUCGCCGCCGCCAAGUCUAGGCAGCUGGUGGGCUCGUCGGCGGCGUCGCGCCCCGACAUGCUCGCGUCCGUGCUGUCCCACUACGCCGCCAAGUGGCUCCCCGACGUGGUGGCCGCGUCGUCGUCGUCCUCGUCGCCGGCGACGUCGGCGUCGGGGCGGUUCCUGCCCCCGGAGAGCCCCACCGCCACGUGGCUCAAGAAGCGGCUCCUCCUGGAGUCCCUCGUCGCCGCGCUCCCGCCUGACCCGCCGGCUCCCGCCGGCGGCGGAGGAGCGGCCGACGACGGCAUCACGUGCGACUUCCUGCUCAAGCUGCUCCGGGCGGGGAGCAUGGUGGGCGCCGACGCGGCGCUGCUGCAGGAGCUGGAGUCCAGGGCGGCGCGGCGGCUGGACCAGGCGACGCUGGGCGCCGUGAUGAUACCGGCGUUCGGGCACGGGUACGCGUGCGGGACGCUGCUCGACGUGCCGCUGGUGCUGCGCCUGGUGCGCGGCUUCCUCAAGGACGCCGGCGCCGGCGGGGGCGGCGCCGCCAAGGCAGGCGGUGGCGGAGGCGCCGCCGCCGCGAGGGUGGCGAGGCUGGUCGACGCCUACCUCGCCGAGGCGGCGCUCGAGGCCGGGCUGCGGCCGGCCGAGUUCGAGGAGCUCGCGCGCGCCGUGCCCGCGCACGCGCGCCCCGCCGACGACGCGCUCUACCGCGCCGUCGAUACCUACCUCAAGGCACACGCGAGCACGAGCAAGGAGGAGAGGAAGUCGCUGUGCCGGCUGAUCGACGCGCGGAAGCUGACGGCGGAGGCGGCGGCGCACGCCGUCCAGAACGACCGCCUCCCCGUGCGCUCCGUGCUGCAGGUGCUCUUCUCCGAGCACGGCAAGCUCAACCGCCUCGCCGAGCUCAGCGGCGGUGCCUCCUCCUUCGGCGCGCCCAGCCCGGCGUUUGACCUCCCCGGCGCCCGCUGCCCCUCCAAGCGCGAGGUGCUCGCCCAGCACCACGAGCUCCGCCGCCUCCGCGAGGACUUCGCCCGCCUCCAGGUCCAGUGCAGCGCGCUGCAGGCUCAGGUGGACAGGCUGAGCACGGAGAGGAGGCGGCGCGGCGGAGGCGGCAGCGGUGGCGGCGGCGGGUUCUUCAAGUGGAGCACGUUCUGGUUCGGCGGCAUGAGCGCCGACGUCGCGCGGGUGGAGGACUCCGAGAGCGGCAUCGAGCGGCGGACGCCGGCGAGCGGGAAGAAGGGCAGGGGCGGCGCCGCCGGCGCCGCCGCCGCGACGCCGACGCCGAAAUGGCGCAAGUCGAUGUCAUGAGAGGAUCUGAAAUUCUGAAGCCAAAGCUGAUGGCUAAGUGGGUCGUUAAUCUGUUUUACUACCUUUAAUUACAGUCAGUUACCUUUCUGUCUGAACUAUUGUUUGUGGUGAAACCAUUCAGAUAAAUCUGCUCACUUGAGUGCAUAAAUAAAUCUGUGAUGUUCUAAAAAGAGAGGGAAGCAUAUAAGAUUUCUGGUUUGGUCGAGGA